CUCAGUUUGUCAUCAAGGUCAGCAGCUUGUUUAUGACAGUGAAUAAAAUGUUGACAAUAUAUUAAUUAGUAAUUAAUAAAAGUAAUAAUUGUAAUAAAUUAUUUAUAGCUAGUGCAAAUAAAAAUAAUAAUUAAAUAUUAUAAUUUUGCUAAAGAAAAAUCUAUUCAUCAUGAGUACUCCAGCAGCAUCAGGAUCUAGGCCUGCACCAGUACCGACAGUUCAGGAAUUUAGUAUUCGGGUUCCUAAAAACAGUAGAAAAAGACACAACGUCAUGCGUUUCAAUGCAACUUUAAAUGUCGACAUAUCAAAAUGGACACAAGUUAAAAUGGAACGUGAAAAUAACGCCCGUGAGUAUAAAGGUUACGAUGAAGACAUGCCAAAAUUUGGAGCUGGGUCUGAAUUUGGUCGCGACGCACGUGAAGAAGCGCGACGUAAAAAAUUUGGAAUGAUCUCGCGAAAAUAUAAACCAGAAGAUCAACCCUGGGUACUGAAAACCGGCGGUAAGACGGGAAAAAAAUUCAAAGGAAUACGUGAAGGAGGUAUCAGCGAAAAUGCUGCUUACUAUGUAUUUACCCAUGCACCUGACGGUGCUAUCGAAGCAUUUCCGCUCCACGAAUGGUAUAAUUUUCAGCCAAUUCAGCGCUACACGACAUUGAGUGCCGAAGAAGCGGAACUGGAGUUUUGUAGGCGAGUUAAAACAAUAAAUUAUUGGUCGCUGAUGGCAAGGAAACGUUUUAAGAAAGACGAGGAAGCUAACGAUGAAGAACCGGAAGCUAAUGACACUGGUAAAGGUAAAAAAACUGCUAAGAAGGAAAAAGAAUUGAAGAUUUCGGAAAUGGAUGAGUGGAUGUCUAGUGAUGAUGACGAUGACGAUGAGUCUGGUAGUGAUAAAGACAAGAAGAAGAAGAAAGAUUCGGAUGAUGAAGAUGAUAAGAAGAAAAAGAAAAAGAAACCGACAAAGAAAAAGAAAAAAGUUGAUUCCGAUGAUGAGGCAUUUGAAGAAAGCGAUGACGGCGAUGAAGAAGGUAGAGAAUGCGAAUAUAUAUCAGAUUCAACAGAUUCCGAGGAUGAAAAAGAUCAGACCAAAGAAAUAAAAUCCGUUGCUGAAGAAGACGCGUUGCGUAAAUUGUUGGUGUCUGAUGAAGACGACGAUGAAGAGAACAAUGAAGAUAAAAAAGAUGAUGAUGAGUUCGAUGACGAAGAAGGCAAAGAUGAUAAGGACAAAGCCAAGGAAGGGGACAAGAAAAAGGACAAAGACAAGAAGAAGAAGAAGAAACUUAAAAAGAAGGACCCGAAGAAAAAUAGUAAAGAUUCAUCAGCUAGCGACGCGUCAAGUGAUUCAGGUUCUGACUCAGAUGCUCCCAAAGAAGUCAAUGGUAAAAAAUCAGCCAGUGCUCACAACUCAAGGUCACCUACUCCUACCGCCGCUCCAAGUGGCUCCGAUACUCUGAAACGUAAACUCACUUCCUCGCCUGAUUUGUCUCAAGCUAAAAAAAUAAAAUCUGAGACUCCUGUUUCUAAUUAUGUUCCCGCUACACCUUUGCCAGGAUCAAGUGAAGGAAUUACUGAAGAUGCAGUACGUCGUUACUUGAUGCGCAAGCCAAUGACGACAACAGAAUUGCUGCAGAAAUUCAAAUCAAAAAAGACUGGACUAACUUCUGAUCAACUAGUCAAUGUGAUGACCCAAAUAUUGAAGAAAAUAAAUCCCACUAAACAAACUAUUAAAAGUAAAAUGUAUUUAUCCAUAAAGGCCCAGCCUCAUUGAUAACGACGAUAACACAACAGUUAUUUAAUCAGUUUGUUUAGAUAAAUUUAUCACCAAUCAAUUAAUCAAUCGAUAUGUUACUGUAUUAAUAAAAUAAUCUAUAUAUUUAAAUU